AUGGUCGCACCCAUGUGCCUUAGAGCUCAAGCCUAUGGUGAUCGUGGGAAGCCGUCUAGCACGAGCGUCGACGUGGAGACUUGCCAGUCAUCCUGCGCGGCUUCGAACAACUGCAGAUAUUUCACUUACGAUGCCAGCACACAAGAUUGCUGGCUUUUGAACAUUGGGAGCUUCCUACAGCCGCAGGAAAAUGCUGUCUCCGGAGCCGUGGAUUGUCAGCUUCAGCAGGAGGAUGAGGACCGCAGGAGCCAACAUGUCCUCGCUGGCCUGAAGGCAGCAGCCCAGUUUGUCCGCGAUCGGACGGAGGACGAAAGAAUACGAAAGGCUGCUGAGCACGUCAAAUGGUCCGUGAACAACGGUUUCCUCGAAGAGGAAGUUUAUCAGAACGUGAGGCUCGUCCUGGAAGAGGAGGCAAAACUUGUUUCCUCACCGGAUUCGCUUGCUGAAGCUGUCGGACAAGGGGCGGCGUUGACGGCGGAUGAUGUCGACUGGCUCACGAGGCGAAUGAAAGGUGGGGAGGUGUUUUCCGAUUUCGAAGACGCAGAGCAAGGUGCAGCAUACGGUCCAAAUGGUCAACCUUACUAUGCUGCAUCCCCCAGCCCUUGCGCGGCAGACAAGGUUGGCUGUGAUGCAGGAUCAGACAGCAGCUUUGGGACGGGUACACCUUGGACUGGUGCAAAGGUGAAGUUCUGCUUUGACAACGAGCUUGCGCCAAGCAGCAGAGAAGCCCUGCAAUGCGCCAUGGACAAGAUCUCGACGUUCGUGCCUGGCAUCGUGUUCGUGAACGUGCAGUACACUGGGGUCGAUGCAUGCGGUGCGUUGCCGGCCGUUUACAUGCAGUCAAACGGCCGCCGGAGUGGCAGCGGCUGUUGGGCAGACAUUGGCAUGUCGACUUCCAUGUUUGGCGGGAAUCAAAAGCUGAACUUGCAAGCUCCGGGCUGCGACAAUUGCGGCACAGCAACCCAUGAGAUCCUGCAUGCUCUGGGCAUGGCACACGAGCAGCAAAGACCUGAUCGGGACGACUUUGUCAGCAUUAUCUGGAACAAUAUCAAACCCGGAAUGGAUACUCAGUUUGCCAUUCGCUCGCAAGCAGAUACCCAGCGGCCGUAUGACAUCAUGUCCAUCAUGCACUACGCUGCCCGAUCCUUCUCGAGCAACGGUCGGGACACCCUCGUCGUGAAGCCCAAAGGCUACGAGCUCUACACAUCAGACCCAGCCAGGUUUCCAAAUUAUCGCAUUGGGCAGCGCGUGGGAAUGAGUACUCAAGAUGUGUCUCAGCUCGCGGAUCUGUACGGGUGCAGCCGGAGCAGCCAGUAUCAGACCUGCGACAUUGCGAGGGGUUAUCUCGCCACGAGGUUGGACCAGGAAAUUGAUCCAGGCCACGCAGCUGCAUUUUUGAGGGGUGUGGAGUGCGCUGAGACGCCAGGGCAUGGUUCGGAGCACAGGACGUACAAGGAAGGCAAAGAGGGACACAGUAGCCGAGGUGUCAUUGCAAUGCAAGAAGGUGAAAUAACACAGACUUUUGCAGAUAUGGCAGACCAUCGGCAGUACGUUGGCUUCUGCAGGCGAACUUCGGUGUUGUCCAUGCAAACUGACACGGUGAUCGUACAAACGAUCGCACUGGGGAUCUCGAUGGCAGAUCCGCCGUUGCCUCCAGCCGGCAAGAUGACAGAAGACAGUUUGUUCUUUCCACAUUUGCGGCUCGAAGUGCUCGGCCUGGAGCAGCCUGAGCUCCCCACCACCGGAUGCAGGUGGGAAGUGACAGCUUGCAUCUGCACGGCACCAGCGAGCAGCCUUCUCCUCCACAAGAGCGAAUGCAAGAUGAUAGAAGUGACAGGUUUUUCCGAGGGCUCGGUGGCUUGGGAAGACAUCCUGGACGCACAGCAGCGAGUGCCGACACAGGAGUCGAUUCGAGUUGCUGCCCGCUUUCGGCCGUUGAGUGUGUUGGAGAGGGAGAGCGGCGAGGACGAGACGCUUUGUGUCAAGUUUGGUCGAGAUGGCCAGUCGUGCACACUGCGAAUGCAGAAGACGCAUGGAAUCUGCGACUUUCCGUUUGCGUACGACCACCUGUUCGAGCCAGAAGCAUCGCAGUACGACGUCUACAGGGCCGUUGCGCAGCCGAUCGUCGAGGGAGUCAUACAUGGUUACAACGGAGCAAUCCUAGCCUACGGGCAGACGGGCAGCGGCAAGACACACACCAUGUUUGGGCCCUUUGCCACUGAAGCCUUCGUGGAUUCCUGCGACUUUGACUCCCACAGCCUCGGCAUUAUCCCUCGCGCGCUGCAGGAAUUGGUGGAUUAUGCCGAAAACACGGACGGCCUGGUGCAGCUGCGCGCUUCCUACGUAGAAAUCUACAAUGAGAACGUUCUUGACCUGCUUUCACCGCUGGGCGGUGUCAUCCCGGGUGACAUGCCGUCUUCUGCAGUAAUGCGUGAGCAGGCCAAGGAUUUGUUCCUGCCCACUGUCACUGAGACGCCUUUCAAUUCUGUGCGAGAGGCUAUGGAAGUCAUGCGACUGGGGAAUCGGAAGCGACACCAGGCCGAAACGAAGAUGAACCGACACUCCUCGCGGAGCCAUGCGGUUUUCAUAGUCACCGUCGUGAAUCGAGUAGAUCAAUCACGGCAGAAGUUUGGCCAACUCUAUCUGGUGGACCUUGCGGGCUCCGAGCGCGUCAUCAAGACCGGCGUGGCAGGGACGCAUUUGGUGGAGGCUAAGAACAUCAACAAGAGCCUCCUGGCGCUGGGUCAGGUGAUUUUUGCUUUGGCUCACAAGCAAAAACAUGUUCCGUAUCGAGACUCCAAGCUCACGCAGCUGUUGCGGAACUGCCUGGGAGGAAAUGCUCGGACAGCAGUGUUGAUCACCGUCUCUCCUCACAGAGACAAUGCCGGCGAGUCGCUCAGCUCGCUUCGCUUCGGCGCGCGUGCCUCUCUGGUGGAGAAUGCGGCGACUGAGAACGUGGCCGAAAACGUUCAUGAGCUCAAGCGCCUACUGGAGCACGCUCGCCAGGACCUGGCAGAACUCCGAGCCUCGAAUCGGCGUCUGCAGGCCGAGCUUUCGGUCAGAUCAGCGCCAUCAGGCGGUCACGACGGUCAAACUGUGCCGCCACAAAAAUGCCUCGCGGUAUGGGAACUCCUUCCGUCGCUGGUUUGUCCCCUCACCCGUGGCAUCAUGAGGGAACCCGUCUUGGCCUCCGAUGGGUGGAGCUACGAGCGCCGCGCCUUGGAGAAGCACAUCGCCAGAGCUGGAAGGAUCAUGCCGGUCUCACCUGUAACAGGCCAGCGGCUUUCGACGCGGCUUUUCACACCGAACCUGCUUGUGAGGCAGCUCGUGCGUCAGUAUCUUCCAGACCUCGGGCCGCUGGAGGAGCCGCUGCCGGUGAUCCAACUGCUCCACAUUUGGCACGUGCAGCUGAUCCUCUCCUUCCUGGACUUCCGAUCACUGGCGCGUUGCGAGGCCGCUUGGCCUUCUUUCCGGGCCAUGGCGGAGGACAAGGUUUGGGGGCAGCUUCUUCAGCGUGACUACCCCGACUGCGAUGUGGAGCUUCUCGCGGCGCGCAGUACCUAUCGCGAGGAGGCCGUAAAGGCGGCCGCCCACAAGCCGGCUGCAGGAGGCCCGAAGGACAAAGCAGAUGGAGCUCGUCGUGGGCUUCGCCUUUUCCAGCCGGGAAGCUCGCUUUGA